AUGGUAGAGACUGCCUGCGUGAGCACGGUGAAGUCGCUGCAGACCGCAUUUGAAGUAGGAGUGUUGACCUCUGGCGUCGAUGCGGAGGUCGCAUGGGCGGCGGUGUGCGAAAUAAAGUCCGAGGGAGCAUGGACAGCGUCCCUUGGGACUGAGGUAGCGUCCACCUGCAAGGCAGUGAAGUCGAAGACCGGAGCUGUGGUGACGCCUGUAGACGACAACCUGGCUGUUCGUGUUUCAUAUCUGACACUUCUACUAGUCGCCGUGCCUGCGGUAUUCGGCGAUAAACCACCGCCGGAUAUUGUCCUCAUCAUCGCGGACGACCUCGGUUGGGAUGACGUCAGCUUUCACGGGUCUUCGCAAAUCCCCACGUCCAACUUGGACGCCCUGGCGGCAGACGGCGUCAUACUCAACGCCCUGUACGCCAUGCCUGCCUGCACGCCUUCGAGAUCGGCGCUCAUGUCCGGUCGCUACCCGAUACGCACAGGUGACAGACAUCAAAAUGAUUCUGUAGGGCAGCCUUGGGGCCUGCCCCAGGAUGUGCCGAUUUUGCCCGAGUACCUCCGAAAACUCGGAUACGAAACUCACCUGGUUGGCAAGUGGCAUCUCGGCGCCCACAAGACAAGCCUCACUCCCACUUAUCGUGGUUUCGACAGUUUCUACGGGUUCCACUAUGGCGAGGAAGACUACUAUACCCACUGCCAGACCUACCUAAACUACACCGGCCUUGACUUUUGGUUCGGGACGGAGCCACGUUGGUCUGAUCAAGGAAAGUACGCGACAACGCUAUACACAGAGAGGGCAAAGUACCUCAUUCGCAACAAGAAAAAGCCUCUCUUUCUGGUCCUAGCCCACCAGGCUCCUCAUGGUUCUGGAGGCCCCUAUCCCCUCCAGGCACCACAAGCAAACGUGGACAAGUUCCCCUACAUUGGAGAGGAGAAGAGGACUCUCUAUGCCGGAAUGAUAGACACGCUCGACGAGUCAGUGGGCGAAGUGUUUGAGACGCUCGGCGAGACCGGCAGGCUCGAGAACACCGUCGUUUUCUUCAGCAGCGACAACGGUGGCACUCCAUUCGGCAGUCACUCCAGCCGCAGCUUCAACUGGCCGCUGCGAGGGACGAAACUGUCCGUUUGGGAAGGGUCCAUGAGAGUACCCGCAUUCGUCUGGAGCCCCCUGCUCAAGCGCAAGCGCUGGGUGUCCAACGCGCCGAUGCACUUCAUAGACUUGUUCACGACGGUGUACAGUGUCGCAGGUGGUGACACCUCCAGACUAGAAGAUGUCGACGGACUCGAUAUGUGGGAGCACAUGUCGCGCGGAUCGGAAUCGCCGCGCACCGAACUCCUGUACAACAUCGAUCCCCUCGACCCGCCAGAGCUCUCGGUGGCGGCGAUUCGAGACACCCGCUACAAGUUGGUCCUCGACGGCACGGGCUUCAACAGCGAACGAUACGAAACUGCGGGUGGCCGUCGGCCUUACGAAGACCUCGACAAACUUCUCGUCCAAUCGAAAACUUACCGCGUUCUGAGGAAGCUGUACGGGACGAGGCGCUUGGGGUUUCCCAGAGGGUGGAGGACGCGAGCAACGCUUACCUGCGGGAAAGGAACUAGAGAAAAUUUCUCAGCCAACGACACCGUCUUCCUGUUCGACAUUGUCAAAGAUCCGUGCGAGCUGAACAACUUGGCCAGCGAACGCCCGGAUAUCGUGUCCGCCCUCAUGAAGCGUUUGGAUGCCUACCGAGCAGUCACCGUGCCUAUCGAGAACCUGCCGUUCGACCCAGCCAGUGCUCCUGAAUACCACAACGGGACGUGGGCACCAUGGUUGGACUGAUAAUUGAAUGGAAUUGAGUUUGCAACUGGGUUGCGAAGAUUACCAGGCAGUGAAAGUUGCAGUUAGCAACUUGAGGUGAACCUGGCCACCUCAUGCAUAGAGCAUCUUGAUAGCGACCAAAUAAAACAGAAUGACGUAUUCGAAUAUUGUACGCA